AUGGACGCUCCUUUGGGAUUUUCUGUCAUUGCUUCACUGUUGAUGAUGAUUUUGAUAACUGUGGAUGUCACUGUAGGUGAAACGGCGUCAGAGAUCCCAUCGGUGGCAGGAGCAACAGGCGGCGGCGGCAGAAGCUACCUAGGACAUAUUGAAACCAAUGUAAUGAUGUCCAAAAAUCUAAAAGCUAUGGCACAAAUUUCCAUGGUGCCGAUAACAAGUAAUGAGACUGAAAUACAAGCAUUGCUUGCCUUCAAGGCUCGGAUACUAAUCGAUCCAUAUGGGGUGUCCGGCUCUUGGAAUGAUUCUCAACAUUUCUGCAACGGGAGUAACAUGAGGUCGGCGGCAUCGAAGAGUCACUUCCCUGCAUCUUUCAUCUCUCAAAUUGGCAGGAGACCUUCUCCUUACAUAGCCAACCUUACGUUCCUUAGGGUGAUCAACCUGCAGAACAAUAGCUUCCGUGUUCCUGAACAACUGUAUAAAAUCUCAUCCGUUAAUGCCUUUUCUUUAGCUGCUAACAAGUUACAAGGCCACAUCCUUCGGUACAUAGGCUUGAGGCUCCCUAAUCUUAAGGGCAUUUAUCUUGGUGGCAACAAUUUUUCAGGGGAAAUUCCAACAUCAAUAGUCGAUUCCUCAGGGCUCAUGGACCUUGAUAGGGCCAACAAUGCCUUGACGGAACUAAUACCAAAGAAUUUGGGAAGCCUUCAAAAUCUAACAAUCUUGAAUUUUGGAGGCAACUUACCUGAGAGUUCCAAUGAUUUAAGUCUUCUCACUUCAUUGAGUAAUUGCACCGUUCUUAGUAUCUUAUGGUUAUACCAAAACAACCUCACAGGCGUUUUACCAGAUUCAAUCGGUAACCUGUCUACAAAUCUCAUUGGUUUCAGAAUAAAUUCGAAUUAUAUAUCCGGUACCAUACCGAAAGAGAUAGGAAACCUUGUAGGCUUGGAGUAUCUUGCAUUACAUAAAAACAUGCUUACAGGCAGUAUGCCUGAUUCUAUUGGAAAACUUUCCAAGUUGAAACAUUUCGAUGCGUACACUAAUAGAAUCAUAGGGGAAAUUCGUCAUUCUUUGAAUCGUCUAAAUGUCACAAUUCUAAAGGAAGCUUUCAGUCUUUGUUCUCAUUUGAUAUACCUUCUCUUUGCUUCAAAUAGUUUAACGGGAACUUUACCACCAGAGGUUGGAAAAUUCAAAGACCUCGACAUGAUGGAUGCAUCAAGCAACAAACUUCAUGGGGAAAUUCCCAGCUCUCUUGAAAACUGUGUGAUGUUUGAAUCACUUCACCUGUAG